AGACCGUCGUCAUCGGCUCCUCCUAUAUAAACAACGUAUUUCACCCAAGCAAGGGUUCCCUCUUGUGCUCUCCAUUCAUUUCCGUUCACAAAACCCUAGGAGCUCCCGAAGAGGCCGGCAUGGGGAGAAGACCUGCAAGGUGCUACCGGCAGAUCAAGAACAAGCCAUAUCCGAAAUCGCGGUAUUGCCGUGGUGUCCCCGACCCAAAGAUUAGGAUUUAUGAUGUUGGUAUGAAGAAGAAAGGAGUGGAUGAGUUCCCAUUCUGUGUCCACUUAGUGAGUUGGGAGAAGGAGAAUGUAUCAAGUGAGGCUCUCGAGGCUGCUCGUAUUGCAUGUAAUAAGUACAUGACAAAGUUUGCUGGGAAAGAUGCGUUCCAUUUGAGAGUCAGGGUCCAUCCUUUCCAUGUUCUGCGGAUUAACAAGAUGCUUUCAUGUGCUGGAGCUGAUAGGCUCCAGACUGGAAUGAGGGGUGCUUUUGGUAAACCACAAGGGACUUGUGCAAGAGUGAGCAUUGGUCAGGUCCUCCUAUCUGUCCGCUGUAAGGAUAACAACAGCACUCAUGCACAGGAGGCCCUCCGUCGUGCCAAGUUCAAGUUCCCUGGUCGCCAAAAGAUCAUUGUCAGCAGGAAAUGGGGAUUUACCAAGUACAGUCGUACUGAUUAUCUGAAGUGGAAAUCAGAGAACAGAAUUAUGCCAGACGGUGUCAAUGCCAAGCUUCUUGGUUGUCAUGGACCUUUGGCGAGACGCCAACCUGGGAGAGCAUUCUUGUCAUUGACUGCUUGAAGUAUAUUGCCUCUGAUUCAAGUUUUGCGGGGACAUCUAAGUU